AUGUCGAAUGAUGCUGGCGCAGCCUUAGCGAACGAGUUUACGCAGCUCAGCUUUGACCUUCGUAACGCCUUCGAUCAGUCUACUGAAUAUCGGUCUCUGCAAAUACAUCAGCUGACCAUGCAAUGGGAUGAUGUCGUCUCACCUCACAUUUCUCGGCUUCUUCUACCUCCACCAUUUUCAGACAUUCAGAGGGCAGCUGAAGGAGGUCCAGCUAUCAUCCCCUUAACGAGUCAAAAGUUGGCCGUAACUCGCGUAUCUGAUGGUCAUCCCACUGCCGAGUCCACACUGCUUGCUCUACAUGCCGCAGUGAUCCUACGAGAAAAAGAGAAACCUCAAAUUUACUUUUCCUCUUCCACCCCGACAUUGGCGACUCUCAUUCAUGCGAGACAGCAGGUUUCUUGA